GGCAGUCAAUGGCACUGAUCGUAUAAUAUUAUUGAGUGUAUCGGCAUCCUUGUAAACAUAUUUCAUAAAUUAAAAUGAAUUACAUGAUAAACAUUUUGAGUUAUAUUGUAAGAGAUAUUAAUUAAAGUGGUUGACAUAUUACGGUAGACUACGGAACACCAUGGUGUUCCUCACGCAAAUUUUAGGUUAUGCACCAAAGCCUCUGAGGAAAUUUUUGCGCCGUGGAUUUAUGGAUUCACUGCGACUUCAUGUAAAAGGAGGUACAGGUGGCAUGGGGCUUCCUCGUUACGGUGGAAAAGGUGGAUCAGGCGGAGAUGUGUAUGUUGUUGGAAAAGAAAAGUAUUCUUUGCCUGAAGUUUCAGGAAAAUGUAAGAAGCAUAGAAUAUCUGCUGGAAGUGGAAGCGACAGUUCUGCCAAAGGAAUCUUAGGCAAAUCCGGACAACAUGCAGUCAUCGAUGUGCCAUCAGGUGUCACUGUAUAUGACGAAAAUGGCAUUUUAUUAGGCGAAGUAAACAAACCAGGUGAUCAGCUAAUUGUGGCUAAAGGAGGUCUAGGAGGAUGUCCUGAAACAGGAUUCAGUGGGCAAAGAGGUCAAGCUCAUACGAUAAUUUUAGAUUUGAAAUUAAUUGCCGAUGUAGCUUUAGUUGGUUUCCCAAAUGCUGGAAAAAGUACCCUACUACGUGCAAUUUCUUAUGCGAAACCUAAAGUGGCAGAAUAUCCCUUUACCACGGUGAGACCACAUAUAGGUACUAUUACAUACCAGGACCUAAGGCAAAUAACUGUAGCAGAUUUACCCGGGCUUAUUGAAGGAGCACAUAUGAAUGUCGGUAUGGGACAUAAAUUUCUGAAACAUGUAGAGAGAACAAAGCUCUUGUUGUUAGUUGCCGACAUUCAAGGAUUUCAGUUAUCUCCACGUCACAAUUACAGAAAUUGUUUAGAGACCAUUGUAUUAUUGAACAAGGAAUUGGAACUAUAUAAGCCUGAUUUAUUAAGAAGAUCUGCAUUACUUGUAAUUAACAAAAUGGAUACAAAGGAUGCCGACAGUAUAUAUAAAGAUAUCAAAUCAACUCUUCGCCAAUUUCCUGACUUUGUAUCUCAGUGUCAUGAAGAGAUAAGACCAGAGAAAAUCAUCAGAUUCAGUCAUAUAUUACCAGUAGCGAUUGCUCAGAAAAACCCAGAAGAAAUAACUAAUAUCAAAACUCAUAUAAGGCAGGCACUUGAUGUAUUUGAACAAGAAAAAGAAGUUUCAGAGCAAGAAGUUUUAAAAAAUAAAUUAAAAGAGACAUUACAACGGGAAAUGAGACUCCAUGUACCUGCACUUGUGUAAAUAAAAAAAUAACAAACAUUUGGUAAUAUUGUGUAAUAAAGACUGAAUUUUUA